AUGGAGGGACAGGUUCGAGUGGUGGUCACGGCUACAGAUUCGAUCACUGCUCAAGAAUCUCAUCCAAGCACAUCACAAAUCCAUUCCCGAUCCCUAUCCGGAAACACUCCAAAUGGAGAAACGAAUCACUAUGUGAAGAAACCGGAUCCAAAACUGAGAACUCUUAAUCGCCGAAUCUCGCACACAUUACUUUAUGUACCGGACGGGAGUCGCCGAGUUUCUACCACAUCAGGCGCUUCAGUCUCAAGUUGUCCCGCUGAGGUGUCAGAAGCUGAAGAGCUUUUACCAUCAAAUUCUCUAGAUGCUGAAAAGAGUCUGCAAAUGAGUCCAGUGGGGAGUCGAAGGAAAUCCGUGCAAACGGGGGCCCCGGCGAUCGGUUUCCGUCCGAUGAGAGCCUUCGAGAGACGCUCCUCACAGCCGACUCUUCAAGUUGGGCCCACUGCACCCACUCUGGUUGGCCCUGCAUCGAAAGUCUCCACAUCGAAACCCGCGAGUGGCCACGGAUCUCCAGGCACCAGUCAAAUCGGUCCACGGAGAACCUCGCGACAAGUCGAGUUCAAUCUUUGCUCCGAAUCCACUCCACAAUCUGACACUGUCUCGACUUUUUCACAGUGUAAACACGUAUUCCGUGGUGAUUCUCAAGAAGAAACAAUGGCUGAGAAUAAGAUUAAAAUGUUAAAUAAAAGAGUUUCAUGGUUAUCGAUGAAAAGUCUACAAGAUCAAGUCGAACCAUUGUUGACAAUAAAAGGGAAAACAACAAGAAGAUCAAGUGGACAAGGUUCACCCGUAACAAAUCGUUAUGAUUCUCGAUCUGGUAGUCAAUAUGGAUCUGUUGCUCAAUUAAACGAUGAAGUGGAUAUGGAAUCUGAUACUCCACCAUUGGAUACUUUAUCAUGGAAUUUUGCUGACGAAUACGACAAUGUGACGCUGAUGUACGCAAAACACGAGAAAAUCCCGAUGAAAGAUUUUGGUUCGGAGAUUCGAGCAACCAUGGAUAUUGAUCAUUUGCUGAACAAAGCUGUACUUCUUUUGGAUCUUCAAGAAACGAGUCUCGAGGAGAUUUUCGCAAAAAUCAUUCACGAGAUGGACAUCCAAGAGCCGGAGUUCACGUCGGAACAAGUACGAAGUGUACUCUUUACACAAGAUGCCGGAAAUCAAUUUCACAUUUUGUCGAGAACUGUGCAAAGCAUUUGUACAACCGGCACAACGGGCGGAUCUUUUGAUUAUGAUCAAACAUGGAUUUGUGCCUUAUGCAUGUUGAACACAGUUCAACAUCGGCAUGUGGCCAUCGCUCGAUUGUCGCAUCCAACGAAUCUUGGAAGAACAAUGCAAGAUCUUCGCUUUAUCAUCAUUGUCAUUGCCCCGUCGAGAGCGAAAGGAACAAAAACCGCGUUGGAAACGACGCGAACUUUCGCGACUCUUUUCGCCGAUAUGGAUAUCCGACAGAGGCUCGUCAUGGCGCAAACUGUUGAUCAGUUUAGAGCGACCCUGCUGGCAGCGGCGAAAGAAUUGGCAAUGGAUCAGAAUGAAUGGAGGGAAAGAAAAAGCAGCAUUCAUUUGAGUCAAGCCAAAGAACAUAUUUUUGGUCCCGGUCGGUGGUAUCCAUUUCGGGGUUUAUUGGGCGAGUUCAAGCGGCGGCUCAACUACUACGCAAGCGACUUCUAUGAUGGGAUUUACGGGCAUAAAACGAUUCAAAAAAUCAUCUCCACAGUGGUCUUUUUAUAUUUCGCGUGUCUCCUGCCGGCGAUUGCCUUCGGCGUACUCAAUGAUGACAAUACAAACGGGGGAAUUAAUGUUCCAAAAGUGAUCUUUGCUCAAGCGAUUGGUGGCCUUUUCUUCGCAUUUUUUGGCGGUCAGCCAAUGAUCAUUUUGCUCACAACCGUCCCGCUAGCCAUUUAUAUAAAAGUGAUAUACAAAAUCUCACAAGAGCUCGGCUAUGACUUCUUUGCGAUGUACGCGUGUGUCGGUUUAUUCUGUCAAAUGUUCUUGAUAUUAUACUCGGCCACCGAAUUGUGCAGUUUAAUGAAAUUGGCCACCAGAUCAGCUGAAGAAAUGUUCUCUUUAUUCAUGGCAAUCGCUUUCAUCGUUGAGAGUGUUCGAGCUGUACACGCAAGCUUUCAAAAGAACUACUUUGCGUGUGCAAACGACGACGAUCCCAAACGAAAUCUCACCACAACUAUCUACAAUACAACCGUUGAGACGAUGAGAGACUGUCGCCGGGACACCUCGAUGUGCUAUGUUUUUCUGAUGUUGGGCACACUAUGGCUUGGACUUUUUUUGUACAACUUCCGAAAGACACCCUAUUUGACAAGAUCUCGACGUGAAUGGUUGGCCGAUUAUGCUUUGCCGGCAUCAGUUCUCAUCAUGACAUUCACCGGAGCAUAUCUCUUUAAAGAAAUCGAUAAGGAUAUGUUCAACAUGCGCGAGGAAAUUCCUUUGAUUAAAGUGGCCGACGUUUUCAGUCUCCCUUGGCAAGGUUAUUUUGUGUGUCUUCUACUCGGCUUUUCUCUAUCAUUCCUCUUCUUCAUCGACCAAAAUAUCACCUCGGCCAUUGUGAACAAUUCACAGAAUAAACUCAAAAAGGGUACCACACAAAAUCUGGAUCUUUUCGUGGUGGCGAUUCUGAAUUCAUUUCUGUCGUUGGUGGGGCUUCCGUGGAUGCACGGCGCACUUCCCCAUUCACCACUUCAUUUACGGGCAUUGGCCGAUGUUGAAGAAAGAGUUUCACAAGGACAUGUACAUGAAGUCAUCAUGAACGUUCGAGAGACACGAGUGGCUACAUUAAUAGCUCAUAUCUUGAUCCUUUUAUCCACUUUUUAUCUCCUCCCAUUCCCACUUCGAUGGAUACCAACAUCGGUUCUACACGGUCUUUUCUUAUAUAUGGCAUUGACGUCGUUGACCGGAAAUGAAAUGUUCGAGCGUUUGUUGUUACUCAUCACUGAACAGCAAGCCUACCCACCGACACAUUACAUAAGAAAAGUGCCACAAAGAAAAGUGCAUCUUUUCACGGGAUGUCAACUUGUACAGUUAUUGAUUCUUUGUGGUUUCGGUUUUUCUCCAUAUCCUUUCAUCGAAAUGGUCUUCCCGAUUGUUUGUUUCUUUUUCCUGCCGAUACGUCAUACAUUGAUACCCCGUUUGAUCGACUACAAAUAUUUGGAUGCGCUUGAUGGAAGACAU